GAGCAGUAGAAUGAAUUUAUGUGAUUUUUCCCUUUGAUACAACCAAUAAUCUGAGCAGUGUACAAAUGUGACCUAUGUAAUGUCAGCUGGAGCAGUCACCAUUCACACCAUUACCACAUCUCAAGGAUUUAUUCCUCAGAAUGUCACGCUGGAUAGUGCUAUUCAACAAAUGAUAGGUCCAGGCACCCAUCAGAUCACCGUUCUAGCAAAGAAUAACGUGACCUCUCGAGAGGUAUCUCAGAAUAUAACUGUUCAAUUCGUGGAACCAAUCAGAGGUUUGAAGGCUUCAGUAAACUCUGCUGUUUUGGAGCUGGGAAGUGAUUUGACUAUAAACAUUUCUGUGUCUCAUGGAGCCCCAGUUGAGCUACAGUUUGAAUUUAUUGGUCCUAACGAGACCUUUUCUGAAGCCAUUGAUAAUCCUGAUGGCAAUCUUGGAGCCUACAGCCUUCUAAUGAAUUCUGAAGGUACUUUUCUGGUUAGAGGAAAAGCUGUCAAUGCUCUUUCUAGCAUCAGCUUUAAUAUUGGGAACAUCACUGUUGUGGCAAAUAUAUCAUCUCUGAAACCACAUGAUAUUGAUGAUCAAGCAGAGACCUUACACAGUAAAACCAAGGACGGAGCUGAAAUCUCUUCACCACAAUUCCUUCCAAAGAGAGAAACCAUUGAAACGUGGCAAACAAGCUCACUUCAAGCCAAGAUUACAGGUAGCCACCUGGAGGCAGCAAGUCCAUUUUCUCAGCUCGUUCUGAGCGGGAGGAAAUCAAGGAACAGUGAUGUGCGUGACCAGGAUGAAUUGUUGUUCCAUUGGUCAUGUGGUCUAUGUUGGCCAUUGUGGAAUACUUGUGUAAAGAACGGCCAAAUCAAUACCGUGCAACAGGAUCUGACCAUCAUUCCCUCCUGCCUACCUGCACCUAACUCGUUCAUUUCCAUAAAAUUAACCGUGAGUGCUUCUGGCAGAAAGAACAGCACAGCUGAGAAGUGUCUGAUCCUCACCAAGAAGGGCAGAAAGGGACUGGAUGUCAGGUGUAAGGGCAACUGCAAUCCAAUCGAUCCUUCAGAAGAUGUUACAUUAAUUGUCUCUUGUCAAAACUGCGAGAAUACAAUCAAGUAUAAUUGGUACAUGGUUAAUCCUUCAAACUCUGAGAUCAACUUGCCUUCUGUUUGUAAUGUCAAACAAGGAAACACUGCUCUGGAAUCAUUGGUAUUAAUGAAGGAAAAUACAAGCACUCUGGUUUUGGGAGAAGAGGAAUUGGAUGACUCUACUCCAACAUUAAAAGUGAGGGCAGUGGGGAUCAGCGACAAUGGGUAUUACAGAUACAAAGAUUAUAUUGUUAGUAUGAGGCCACCACCUCCAGUGCCGUCCUGCAACAUAUCUCCAAGAGAAGGAUCAGCUGUCUCCACAAAAUUCAGCAUCAAAUGUGGGGUCAACUGUAGCUCUCACUGCAGAUCAUCAGGCCUUACCUACUGUUUUUUUGUGAAACCAGAUAUUCCAUUACACUGUGGACCACAGCCAAUAAUGCCACCUACUUACCUACCAAUGGGGGACUCAAAUAAUGAUGACCAGCUGAAUAUCACAGUCACUGUCAGAGAUAAUUUGGGCUCCUUAACCAGUGUUGUCAUAACAGCAAUGGUUCAUGAAUUCUCAAACAACAGGGAGGAUGAAGAUCUGGCAACACUCCUCUCAAAGAACCUAAUGAAUGAAACGUCCAACAGUUUUUCACAAAUCCAACUGUUUGAAUCUGUCGCUUCUGUACUGAAUCAAAAGUCUCAUACAGGAGACUCAGACAAACUGACUCUGAAUAUCAAAAAGCAGCUGAGGGAAACAAUCCUCUCCAAAUUGUCCGUUGUGGAUGUCUCAUCACUUCACAAAGUUCUUGAGGUGUCUGAAGUUCUAAAGCAGCUAACGCACUGGUCUGAUGAACUGACAUCUACAUCACAGUUGGACGCCAGUGCAACCCUGGAGAAUGUGGGUAAAUCAUUGCUGACUGUGGGUGGCGAGAACCCUAAGAAAAGGAUGGAGGCAACAGAAGUGUUAUUUAAUGUGGUAAACAACAUUCUGGAAGCUUUAGUAGAAAACGAUGAAUCGGACAGCAUGGUUCCAGAUACACAAAGAGUCGUAUCAGAGAAUUUACUGGAUACCAUUGACCAUUUGCAGAUAGUGGCAUUAAAUGAUGCAGUAGCAGAUGAAGAACCUAUUCUCAUGACAAUGCCCUCAGUUAGAAUGUUUCUACAGAGACUCCCGGCUGACAGCAUGGAAUACAAUUCCACCACGGUUUCGGAUUUGGCUGCAGCAAGUUUCACCCUUCCAACAUUACCGUCGCUGAGCAUGAGCGGGGAUAUAGACACUCUGGAUGUGCGGAUGGUGACCUUUUCAGUCAACCCCUUCAUGUGGACAAUGAAGAAUGAGGUCUCCAGAGCAGUCAGCAGUCUGAUGCUGGCAUCACCGAAUGGCACAGUUUACACCGUCAGGGAUCUGCCAGAGGACAUUGAGAUAAUACUCCCUGGACCUGAUCUGACUCAUGAGAAUUGGACUGAAUUCAAUCUGGAAAACAACCUAAUCAUUCUGGAAGUGAAUGUUACAUCAGACAGUGGCACACUUGGCUUUUAUCUGGAGACUGAGCAAGAUGUCCCAAUCGUCCUUUACUUGGGCUACGAAAAUGAACCUAAUGAGACCAACUUUCUGGUUUCCACACAGCUACCUAAUACAAAGUACACUGGAGCUGCAAGAUAUACCUGGCUGAUUCCUCCUGCUGAGUUAAUGUAUGGAGUAGGAACUUACUAUUUAGCUGUGAGAUCUGACCCAGAUCUGAACUCUGCACAAAUGACGAACAUGACUGUGGCCUUCACUUCCUUUGUAUCCCAGUGCGUAUACUGGGAUGAAAUUAAUAACAACUGGAAUUCAUCUGGAUGUCGUGUGGGCCCACUAACUACACCCAGCAGCACUCAAUGCCUGUGCAAUCAUCUCACCUUCUUCGGCAGUUCCUUCUUCGUCAUGCCCAAUGCAGUGGAUGUCAGCAAGACAGUAGAGCUCUUUGCAACAUUUAAGGACAACCCAAUCGUCAUUGCAACAGUGGCUUGCAUUUUUGGCCUGUACAUUCUUGCUGUUGUGUGGGCGAGAAGAAAAGAUAAGCAAGAUGUUGCCAAAGUGAAAAUAACAUUCCUUGCUGAUAAUGACCCAUUUGCCCAGUAUCGCUACUUGGUGACCGUUUUCACAGGCCAUCGUAGAGGGGCAGCGACCACUUCAAAGGUGACCAUAACACUCUGUGGCUCUGAAGGACAGAGUGACCCACAUUUUCUUACCGACCCGGAGAAACCUACAUUUGAGAGAGGAGGGGUUGAUGGAUAUCUGCUCACAACCUUAUUCCCUCUUGGGGAUCUUCAGAGCAUUCGAUUGUGGCAUGACAACUCAGGAUCCAAUCCAUCCUGGUAUGUAAAUCGUGUAACAGUGCUGGACUUGCAAACAGACCAACGGUGGAGCUUCCUGUGUAACUCAUGGCUGUCCAUUGAUGUUGGCGAUUGUCUUUUGGACAAAUUCUUUCCAGUGGCAACCGAGAUGGACCUUAAACGUUUUAGUAAUCUGUUCUUCAUGAAGUCGGCCAAGGAUUUCCGAGAUGGGCACAUUUGGUAUUCGGUGCUGAAUCGUCCACCAAGGAGUCCCUUCACAAGGGUGCAGAGAGUUUCAUGUUGUUUUUCUUUGCUGCUUUGCACAAUGCUGACAAGUAUUAUAUUCUGGGGAGUACCAAAGAAUCCUGCCCAGCAAAAAAUGGACCUGGGGAAGAUUGAAUUUACCUGGCAGGAGGUAGUGAUUGGUUUUGAGAGCUCACUGCUAAUGUUUCCCAUCAACCUCCUCAUUGUCCAGAUUUUCCGAAACAUUCGACCACGAUUGAAGGAGAAAAAGCAGGGCAAACACGGUCGAAUAUCUCCUUCGUUACCAACCCCACCCACAAGUCUUCAGACCUACUCACUCACAACAGAAGCUGUUACAAAGGACAUCCAGAGGAUUGCUAACUCACUGACUAAAACACAGAAGAAUCCACAACCGACGCCGGACAAGGAUUUGAAAAAAACAACUGACAUCAAUAAACUUCUGGCUUUAGUUGAAAAUAUAAUCCGAGAGCAAAACAGAGUUGACUGUGAAUUUUAUCAUGAGAGUUGUAAGAAAUCAGAUACCCUUAUCCUCAGCCUGGGAUCAGUUGAUUUGAAAGAACAUGUCACAGGCUCUGCCCCUGAGAAGGGUGUGAUUGACAAGCAGAGGAAAAGUGAUUAUAAUCACCAUCUGUACCUCCAGCUCCAGCGCAUUGAAAAUGAGCUGGGAUUCCUUGGAUCGAGCAAGUUUGAGAAUCCUCUGAGCUACAGACAAGCUGUCCAGCAGGUGCAAAACAUGAAAGAUCUUCUUGAGACUGCGAACUGCAGUUCCAAUUCUGUUUCAGAAAGAUUCUCCUCUAUUCCUAGUCUUUCAGGAGACAGCAAAAAGGGUCACUGUUCCAAAGGUUUACCCUGGUGGUUUGUCUUCAUUGGGUGGGGUUUGGUUGCAGCCACCAGUGGUGUAUCUGCGUUUUUCACUAUGCUCUAUGGAUUAAACUAUGGCAAAGACAGUUCUAUCAAAUGGCUCAUCUCCAUGGCUAUCUCCUUCUUUGAAAGUGUUCUAAUUACACAGCCUUUAAAGGUGCUGGGUUUUGCAGCUUUCUUUGCUCUCGUCUUGAAGAAAGUCGAACUAGAAGAUGAUGGUGAAAGCUCAAUUGACAGCCCCUUUUCUACUUCAGUGGGAGACCCCAGUAUUCUGCUAGUAGCUCGCAGGGACAGCAGCAGCAAUAUCUAUCAGCCACCACCUCAAAAGGAAGUGGAACACAUGAAGAAGAACUCCAUUAAAGAGCAGAAGGUGUUUGCUUUGAUCAGGGAAAUACUGGCCUACCUGGGAUUUUUGUGGAUGCUGCUGUUGGUUGCUUAUGGACAACGCGAUCCAAGUUCCUAUUACCUGAAUAAAGCAAUUCAAGACAGCUUCACCAGUGGAUUUGAUGAGACUUUGAGUUACAAUGACUUCUUCAAAUGGGCGAACAAUACACUUAUCUCCAAUUUAUUUGGCUUCUACCCAGGGUUCGUCACUGACGGCAAUUCUAAACUGGUUGGAUCUGCCCGCAUUCGACAACUCAGAAUAAAGAACAACAGUUGUCACAUUCCAGCAAAGCUGAGGGGGUCUGUCAGGGAGUGUCAUGCCCAGUAUUCCUUGGAUAAUGAGGAUAUGUCUGCCUAUGGUUGUCGCUGGAACAGGACAGCAGCUCAGAAUUCCUCAGACCUGGACUACGUCUGGCAAUACCAAAGCCAAAGAGAACUGCGCAGCUAUCCCAUAUGGGGAAAGCUUGCCAUGUACAGAGGGGGCGGUUACAUUGCAGAGCUGGGGGCAGAUGCGCAGGAAUCUUACAGAGUUCUUCAAUACCUCUUUGAAAACAGCUGGUUGGACACCUACACGAGAGUCAUCUUUGUAGAAUUCACGGUCUAUAAUGCAAAUGUGAAUCUUUUCUGUAUUGCCACAUUAAUAUUAGAAAGUAAUGCUAUAGGGGCCUUCUUUACACGUGCUGAUAUUCAGAGUAUCCGUCUCUACCAGUACACUGACGAGCUGCACAUUUUUGUUGUUGCUGCUGAAGUGGCUUACUUCCUUUUCCUCAUCUAUUACAUGGUGAUUCAGGGCAAACAAUUGAAAGAACAGAAAUGGAAAUACUUCCAAAGCAAAUGGAACCUUCUAGAGACAGCCAUUAUAAUGAUCAGCUGGAGCGCACUUUCUAUAUUCAUAAAGAGAACACUUCUAGGAAAGCGAGACAUUGAAUAUUAUCAUGGUCACAGAACAGGGUUUGUAAGUUUCUAUGAGACUGCUAUGGCGGAUGCAAUAAUGGGAUAUUUAAUUGCCUUCCUGGUUCUCCUUGCAACAAUAAAGCUAUGGCAUCUGCUACGCCUUAACCCCAAGCUCAAUAUGAUUACAUCUACAUUAAGAAGGGCAUGGGGAGACAUCUCAGGAUUCCUUACUGUUAUUCUGAUCAUGUUCCUGGCCUAUUCUAUCGCGACGAACCUGAUGUUUGGUUGGAGUAUAUCUUCUUACAAAACCAUAUUCGAUGCUGUAGAGACAAUGGUCAGUCUUCAGCUGGGGAUCUUCAACUAUGAAGAGGUACUGGACUAUAAUCCAAUUCUAGGUUCAUUUCUGAUUGGGUCAUGUAUUAUCUUUAUGACAUUUGUCGUGUUGAACCUUUUCAUCUCAGUUAUACUCGUGGCAUUCAGUGAGGAGCAAAAGAAUUACAAGGCUUCUGAGGAAGAAGAAAUAGUUGAUCUAAUGCUGACAAAAUUGUGCAGUUUCUUGGGGAUCAAAUCUAAGAAGGAUUCCUCACAGCUGGGAGGCUGACUGUCAUAAACAGCUUCGAUUACCAUCUAGCAGUUAAUGUUUAUGUAAUUGCAUGUAAUUUGAUUCAUAUAGAUUAAAGACUAUCUAUAGUAUAAUGAUAUAUUAAUUAAUAUUCAAAGUAAAAUAGCUAAAAUCUAUGUUAUUCUCUUACAUCAGUGUACUAAAUAAAGUAUGAUGAAAAGUACGAUAAUUUAUCUGUGAGUG